AUGACCAUCCGCAAGCUCGACGGCGAGGAGUCGAUGCUCUUCCAGCCACUGGAGAUCGCAAACGGCAGGAUUCGCCUUUCGCAUCGGGUGGUCCAUGCUCCCAUGACGCGCAACCGGGGCGUUCCGCUCAAUCCCACCAGCACCCCAGAGCAGCCCAACCGUAUCUGGUAUCCCGGCGAUCUCAUGGUCCAGUACUAUCGCCAGCGCGCCACCCCAGGCGGAUUGAUCAUCUCCGAGGGUGUUCCGCCGUCGUUGGAGAGCAAUGGCAUGCCUGGUGUCCCCGGCCUUUGGACCCCUGAGCAGGCCGCCGGCUGGAAGCGGGUCGUCGACGCCGUGCACGAACAAGGUGGCUACAUCUACUGCCAGCUGUGGCACGCAGGUCGUGCCACCAUCCCGCAGAUGACAGGCUCGCCGGCGGUCUCAGCCUCCGCCACAGUCUGGGACUCCCCGACAGAAUGCUACUCUCACCCUCCUGUGGGAUCCACCGAGCCGGUGCGGUACGCGGACCAUCCGCCCAUCGAGCUCACCAUCCCGCAUCUGAAGCAGACCAUCCGCGAUUACUGCAAUGCGGCCAAGACCGCCAUGGAGAUUGGCUUCGACGGUGUCGAGCUGCACGCGGGCAAUGGCUAUCUACCCGAGCAGUUUCUGAGCUCCAACGUCAACAAGCGCACGGAUGAGUACGGUGGCUCGCCGGAGAAGCGCUGCCGGUUUGUCCUGGAGCUGAUGGAUGAGUUGGCGGCCACCGUGGGCGAGGACAAUCUGGCUAUCCGUCUCUCGCCCUUUGGACUGUUCAACCAGGCGCGCGGCGAGCAGCGAGUGGAGACCUGGACGUUCCUCUGCGAAUCGCUGAAGAAGGCGCAUCCCAAUCUGUCGUAUGUCAGUUUCAUUGAACCGCGCUAUGAGCAAAUCUUCAGCUACGAGGAAAAGGACAACUUCCUCCGCAGUUGGGGACUGUCCGACGUUGAUCUGAGCAGCUUCCGCAAGAUUUUUGGAACUACUCCCUUCUUCUCGGCCGGAGGCUGGGACCAGAGCAAUUCGUGGGGCGUGCUGGAAGAAGGUCGGUACGACGCGCUGCUGUACGGACGCUACUUCACCAGCAACCCCGAUCUGGUCGAGCGGUUGAGGAAGGGCAUCCCGUUUACGCCGUACGAUCGUUCGCGCUUCUAUGGCCCGUUUGAGGAUAAUGCGAAAUGCUACGUGGAUUAUCCCCCGGCUACUGCUUCCUCUUAA